CCGCGUCAGUUGGACCAGUACCAGUACAGACAGUAGAAGGCUACUCCUACGUCCACUCUGGGACUUCUUGGUCAUUACCGACCCCUUACACAAGGCUACUCCUACGUCCACUUGUGCAUCACCCGCCCCUUGCAAUGAGCGCCAUGCAUGUGAUGACCGGCAUGGGAGGGGGGGGCGGAGGUCAAGCACCCCAGCAGUUUCGGAUAAGGACCAGACCACCGACGGGUCCUGGCAUGAUGGAGUUUGAGGAUGACCGGCAACCGAAAAUGUCCUCGCUCCACUCGGCCAUCCUCCCUCCUUGCUAUCCGGGAGAGUUGGAGGAAGUGCGUUUGGCGAGAACGGAAGGCCUGCGGGAGUGCCUGAACAUCGUCAAGGAGUGCGUCGAAGAGGCUGUAAAAGAGGCCGGCACGGACUGCAUUCGAAGUGUCUCCGGUUAUAUCGCAGGGUGGCGUUUUCGCGACGGGGAGGGGGGCGGUGCGAAGCAUGUCGGGGAGAGCGACCUAGUUCCUCUGGCUGUUGUUGACGCAGGUCUCCAGCUGGGGGAUCGGAGGUCCGCCGUCCAGCACAUCAAGGAGGGUCUGGAGAGGGGCGACGGGGAAUUGGGCGGGAGACGGCGGCCUCAGGUGGUGGCGGUGCUGAGGGCUCAGGAUUGCAGCACCGUCGAAGCAGCCUUCAAGCAAAUACUGCGACAGUGCCACGCCAGGGGGGGGACGCGUUCGCGCCGUCCCCUGUUCAUGGACGCCCUCGAAGAGUGGUACAGCUCCUGCGCGAUCCCAUCUUCGACUUCAACUUCAACUUCGAAGUGUUCGGGGGAGGAAGAGGGGGGAGAAGAUGGCGCUGCUGCGGACGACGCAAGCGCCCCCGGUCGCAGGGCAGCGGCAGCGGCGGCAGCGCGGCGAAGGCAAGGUCCCGUGGUGGUCCUUCUGGAAGAUGUGGAAGGUUUCGACAAGCAGGUUCUCCGGGAUCUCCUGAACGUCCUGGCGCAGCCUCCCUGCAAGAGUCGACGUGUCCAGGGGAGGACCGGGGGCACCGUGAAUCGGUUAGGGGGCACCGUGACAAGGUUCGGCAGGACGUUGCCGAUGGCACUGGUGGCAAUCGCUUCGGCUCGCGUGGGUUUCCCGAUGGACAGGCUUUCUCCGUCAGCGGUGAGGCAGCUAUCUCCGGAGAACUUCCACUUCCCGUCGUCCGUGGAGUGCGUCGACUUGCUCUACGAGAAGCUAUUCGUCCAGCGCCGGCUGCCGGUGUGGAUGGGAGGCCGCUUGCUCUCUUGGAUGAAAGCUACGUUCGACGACACUCACCUGUCUCUGGGGAUGUUCUCCCGCCAGGUGAUCGUGGCCGCCUUCCUGCACUUCAACCGCCCGGCGAGCUACCUCUGUCUUCAGCACUGCCGCCCUUGGCUCUGGAGGUCCUCCGUGUCCAACUGCCCCGUCGAAGCGAUGACCCACAUGAAAUACAAGCUGGCACGGGACUCGAAGAGCAUGCCGCCCAAAACGCUCCAGGCGAGCCUCCCCGGGGUCCCGGCAAGGCUCGACCCCCAACAGGCGGCGGGAUUGAUCGAGAAAGGGCUGCGGAGGGAGGCCAGCAGGGCUCUGCGGCUGUGGUUCUUCCACAAGGUUUGGAACGUGCUCCUCAAGUCCUUGGAAGGGCGGGAAAACCCCGUGGAACUGCUGAGGAUGACGGACGCGGUUCUGGGACGGCCUGGCCGGCAAGGAGGGCCAAGGGAAGGGGCGGGCGCCGGUCUUGACGUCGGAAGGAUGCGGCAACGCGCGGUGAAGCUCGGCAGCUCGGUGCGCAUUCUCGGGCUUCUUUCCGCUUCGAAGAAGUCCAGGCGGUACUACGCGGAGCUAAAAGAGGUUUCGGAGGCGUUGGCGUACCUAUUGCCCGGCGAGGUCAAGGGCCUGCUGCACGAGCUUCUUUGCGCGCUACCUUCGGCCGAUCAGAGCUCGGCGUCGUCGGCGGCGACCGAUCCCAGGGCCACCGCUGCUGCUGAUGCUGAUGGUGAAAGCGGCGCGAUUAGUAACACUACGGGUUCCGACUAUGCUUUGACGGACGGUCGUUCCCCGGAACGUUCUGGGAGCACUUCUCCGGAACGAUUCGCGGAACGGUCUGGGAACACUUGUCCGGAAAUUUCUCGGAAAACGACUUCUCCGGGCCCUGCUUCGGAACGGUCUCCGACACGUCGGGAAAUUUCUGGGAAAAAAGCUUCUCAAGAACGUUCUCCGACACUAUCUCAGGAACUUUCUGCGGGAAAUUCUCGGGAUUUCUGCUCCUCUCCGACGGCACCGCUUGUGGUCCACGGUCUGGAUCGAAUGGAAGCCGACUACCUGAGGCGAGGUGCCGAGAGGGUGCUGGGGCAGUGGGGCAGGGCUGAAAAGGAGGGCUGGGCGGAGGGGGGCUCUAUGCGGGUCUAG